AUGGAUGUUUCUGGUGCUUAUUCAAUCCUGAUAAACUUUGCACAUGCUCAAGAUGACUGCAACACCGGUCCCUGUUACCCUCCUCUUGGAGACUUACUUGUGGGUCGAAGCAAUAAGUUAUCUGCUUCUUCAACCUGUGGUAUGAAUGGACCUGAACAAUACUGCAUCAUUGGACAUUUACAGGAUGAACAGAAGUGCUUCAUUUGUGAUUCAAGGUUGCCUUACAAUCCCAUCAGCUCCACCUACAGCCAUUUGAUUGAAAAUGUCAUCACAGCUUUUGCACCUGACCGGAAGAAGAAAUGGUGGCAAUCAGCAAAUGGUAUGAAUAAAGUCAGCAUUCAGUUGGACUUGGAUGCACUUUUUCAAUUCAGCCACCUUAUUCUUUCCUUCAAGACAUUCCGCCCUGCAGCAAUGCUGGUUGAGAGAUCCUCGGAUUAUGGUCACACGUGGAAAGUAUUUCGAUAUUUUUCAUUUGACUGUGGAGAUUCCUUCCCAACUGUUCCCACUGGGCCUGCACAGAAAGUGGAUGAUGUAAUAUGUGACUCAAAGUACUCAGAUCUUGAACCAUCCACAGAUGGAGAGGUUGUUCUAAAAGCACUGGAUCCAAAUUUCCAAAUCUACAAUCCACACAGUCCUCAGAUACAGGAGCUUAUAACUUUUACCAAUCUUCGAAUAAAUUUCACCCAACUCCACACACUCGGAGAUAUACGUUUGCGAAAACGACAGACUGAAGAAAAAUAUUAUUACGCUUUGUAUGAAAUGGUUAUUCGAGGGAGCUGUUUUUGCAAUGGACAUGCCAGCCAAUGUGUUCCUGUCAAUAACAUACGAGGUGACAUCUUUAGUCAGCAGGGGAUGGUUCAUGGGAAAUGUGUUUGUCAGCAUAAUACUGAGGGUGUGAAUUGCGAGCGAUGUAAGAAUGUGUUCAAAGAUUCUCCUUGGCAACCAGCUGGAGGAGGCCAGGCACAUGAAUGCAGAAGAUGUAACUGCAAUGGCCACUCAGAAAGGUGCCAUUUUGACAUGGCAGUGUACUUGGCCAGUGGAAGGGUCAGUGGUGGGGUCUGUGAAGAGUGUCAGCACAAUACAAUGGGGCAACAUUGUGAGCAGUGCAGGCCAUUCUACUAUCACGAUCUUGGCAGAUCACUUUCUGACCCAGCUACCUGUGUGUCAUGUACCUGUGAUCCUGAAGGCUCUUUGAGUAAUGGAUUGUGUGAAAGUCAUUCAGACCCAAUUCUUAAUACAGUUGCUGGCCGUUGUAUUUGUAAGAGAAAUGUUGAAGGAACAAGAUGUGAUCAAUGCAAGCCUGGUUACUUUGGACUGAGCGCUGUUGAUCCUGAGGGAUGUAAAGCUUGUCAGUGUGACUCUGGUGGCAGUGUGUUAGAACCAUCAGCCUGUGACUCGGUUACCGGAGAAUGCUUCUGCCAGCGAUUUGUCACUGGACGUAACUGUGACCAAUGCCUGCCUAACUACUGGGGCCUUGGAAACACUGUGUAUGGUUGUUCUCCCUGUGACUGUGAUAUUGGAGGGGCCUAUGACAAUUUUUGUUCUUCAUAUGAUGGACAUUGUCGCUGUCUUCCUAACAUUAUUGGCCAUCGAUGUAAUGAACCAGCUCACAGCUACUUCUUUGCUCCAUUGGACUAUUAUUUGUACGAGGCUGAGCUUGCAGAGCAACUGGGAAAUAGUGCUUCUCUGAUUCAAGCAACAUCUCUGCCGAAGUGUGAUGACUAUUUACGCAUACAGGGAUAUGAUUUCAAUGUGGAACAUGGGAGACUUGUACUUCGCAGGAUUUCUAAACGUAAUAUAAGACAUCAAAGAAAGAGGCAAUUGGUGAACCCGGAAUCCAGGGUGCAAAUUGUUUCCAGGGAACGUGUUCCUGAUAAACCUAUGAUGUGGACUGGCCUGGGAUUUGCUCGUGUUCCUCAUGGAGCAGGACUACAAUUCAUUGUUAACAACAUUCCACAUCCCAUGAACUUUAUAGCUGUCAUUCGCUAUGAGCCAGAGUCAACAGAAGAUUGGACGGCUAGUAUUAGAAUUCAACCAGUAAAUCAGCAAAGGGACAGUCAAUGCAGAGAUAACCUACUCUCACAGGAACUUUCUACAGUUUCCAUGCCAGCCACCACCAGAGUUGCAAUUCCUAACGUUCGUUUUUGUCUGGAGCCUCAAGUGCGUUAUUCAGUGGAAAUUUACUUUAACCGUUCACCUACUCCAAACAGCCAGCCCAGCAGUCAUAUCCUGAUUGAUUCGCUGGGUCUGAUUCCAAGCAUCAGAUCUUUGGAGAAUCUCUGCACUGGAACAGAGCUAGAUCAGUACAGACAGUACCAGUGUGUCGAGGUCGCCUCUGAAGCGGGUCCGCAGAUUUUGCCAGAUGUUUGUGAGAAACUGAUAGUCAGUAUGUCAGCUCAAAUCCACAAUGGAGCAAUCCCCUGCAACUGCAACCCGCAGGGCUCUGCCAGUCCCGUCUGCAGCAGGUUCGGUGGUCAAUGCCAGUGCAAGCCUGGUGUGAUCGGGCGAUGCUGUGACACCUGUGUACCAGGAUCGUACGGAUUUGGCUCCAAUGGCUGUUCAUCCUGUGUCUGUAACCGUCAGGGAGCCUUAGAUUCGAUCUGCAAUCAGCUGACAGGACAGUGUGAUUGUCGUAGAGAUGUCGUCGGUCGUGCCUGUGAGCAGUGUCGUCCUGGAUAUUACGGAUUCCCCAGCUGUCGGUCAUGUUGGUGUAAUGGCUAUUCCGAGCUGUGUGACUCUCAGACAGGAGUGUGUCAGAGCUGCCAAGCAUUUACAACUGGAUCUUACUGUGAGCGGUGUAUUGAUGGUUACUACGGUAACCCAGCUUUAAAUGAACCCUGCCAUCAAUGUCAGUGUCCUGACGUUCCAAAUAGUGGACAAUAUUUUGCUCAUUCUUGUUAUGAGGACCCCAGGACUCUACAGCUAGUUUGCAACUGCAUUGAAGGCUAUGCAGGAAUUCACUGUGACCAAUGUCUCCCUGGAUUUUAUGGCACACCCACACGCCAUGGAGAUCAGUGUUUGCAGUGCAGCUGUAACGAUAACAUAGAUGAAAGAGAUCCUGAGGCCUGCAACCCUCAGACAGGAGAGUGUGUGAAAUGCCUGUAUAAUACCUAUGGACCAAACUGCCAGUUCUGUAAACCUGGGUACUAUGGAUCCGCUAUCAACAAGGAUUGUAGAGAAUGUACUUGCUACGCAUUUGGAGUUGAAAGGGAGCACUGUCUACCUGACGGUUUAUGCAUGUGCAACCAAGUGACAGGCCAGUGUCCAUGCUUACCUUAUGUCUUUGGAAACUACUGUGAACAAUGUGCACCGAAUUUCUGGAACCUGGGCAGUGGAAGAGGAUGUCAGCCAUGUUAUUGUGACUCUAGGAAUUCCAUCAACACCCAGUGUGAUCAGAUUACUGGACAAUGUCAAUGCAAAGAUGGCUAUGGGGGAAAAACAUGCUCCGAAUGUCAGGACAACUUCUAUGGAAACCCAAGGGGACAGUGCAUUCCUUGCAACUGCAGUUAUGAAGGAACGGAAAGACCCAUGUGUAACAAGAUCACAGGUGCCUGUACCUGCCGAACAGGUGUAACAGGGCAGCACUGUAACAAAUGUGACUGGGGUUACUGCAAGGAGUUCCCGACUUGCACCAAAUGCCACCCUUGCUUCGAACCACUGGAUAAAGAAAUCUGCAUACUUAUUCCUGGAAUGGAAAGGCUGGCCAACAAAACAUACAGUGUUACUGAUGGGAAAUUAGCUUCUUCAAUUGAUGAACGGUUGAAAAGGCUUGAAGAAAACACUUCUGAAGUUGACAAAAUAAUAAAUGGCUCAGUUACUUCCCUUGAUACAUUUGAAAGGACAAAGGAUUAUUUUGAACAAAUAAGCACAAUGAAAAUGCAGGUCCAACCAAAUCUGAAUCUUACGAAUGACACCAAAGCACUGAACAGAGUCAUUAAUGACCUCAACCAUGAAGUUAACAAACUUACGAAGAACAUAAGUGUCAUCAAAAAGUAUCAUGAAAUGACAGCCAGUGCAAAUAUUCAGGGUGUAUCUGACAGUAUCAAUAAAUAUUACCAAAAUUCUAAAGCCUCUCAGGAGAAAGUAGAUGGAUCAAAAAGCGUGAAUGAUUCAAAAUCUACACAAGAAACGACAGCUUCCUUGUUCGACAAAGUCCUGCUAAAUGGCAGUAAUAAAAUUAAUGAACUAAAGAAAAAGGUUGAUCUUUUAGAUCUGAGUUUAGUAAAUAAUAAGAUUUGCGGAGUGCAAAGCAAUUUGCCAUGCCACAAAGACCUGUGUGGAGGAGCUUUAUGUCGUGAUGACUAUGGAAACAGAAGAUGUGGUGGCCCGUACUGCAAUGGGGCUCUAACAGUGUCAAAAGAUGCAAAAAUCAAAGCUGAAGAAACAGAUGAUCAAAUGAAUAAUCUCUUAAAACAAUUGCAAGAUACAAUCAACCAGAUUGAUUCUGUCAGGAAAGUGACACAAGAAAGCAAGGACAAGGCAACCAGAUUAUCAGAUAAAAUAACUGAGAUGAAGAAUCGACUCAAAAAGGACAAAGAACAAAUGAAAACUGUCAUCCAAAAAGUGAAAGAUUUUCUCACCGCUGACAAUGUUCAUCCUGAAGACAUUAAGAAGAUUGCAAACUAUGUUCUUUCUCUCUCGUUGCCCAUCAGUGCUAAAGAAGUGGAGAACAAAGGGAAGGAGAUCCAGAAAAUUCUUUCAGAAAUCCAAGAUGUCGACAAAGAAAUAGAAAAAUUAAAUCAACGCUCCGGAGAAGCAAAGGAUCUUCUGAAAAGUGCAAAGAAAGCUGAAAAUGCAGCUAAAGAAAUCCCAGACACAAUUGAAAUCGAGAAUAAUCUGAACAAAAUCAAGCAAGUUCAAAGAUCCACUGAAGAUAAAAUAAAGACGAUCAAACUUGAUAUGAACAAUGCCCAGGAUAGGAUCUCAAAGCUUGAUGAGAAAACAAAGCCAUUUGCAGACAAUUUCAUGACCUUGAUGAACAGCCUAUCUUGGUUAAAUAACAAGACUAUGGAACUGAAAAAUAAGACUGAGCUGAAUCGAGUGCUUGCUGAAAAUGCAAAAAAAGUAGCUGAUAUAGCAACAAGCAGCGCUGAGGAAGCUGACAAAGAAUUUGAAAAAUUGAAUGAUGCUUAUGACAAUUUAAAGAAACUAAAACUUCAGGAAGUUCCAGUUGAUGCGAAACAAAAAGCACAGAAAUUACAGGAAGAGGCUUCUGAUAUGGCAAAAGAUCUUGAAGAGAAACUAAAGAGAAUAACUCGACUGGAGAAGAGUUUACAAGAUGGAAAUAAGGAAAUAGAAGAGAAGUCAAAACGAUUGGGUGAACUUGAAAAAAUGGUGAUAGAAAUCAAAAUGUUCAUUGACAACUUCUCAAAGACUUGUUAGAUACAACAAAAAUGUAACUGUUAUUAACAUUGUUCAAUCUUUUCAACCUACAUUUUAC